GUGCGUGUUCACUACUCACAGAUACAUAUUUAUUAGAGGUAGACGUGCGUUAAUGUUGCGCAGAACAAUGAUCGGUGAACGAGAAACCUUCUACUAAUUUCGUGAGCAGAUUCUUUUCUUUUCGGUGGUGAGCAAAGAAAGAGCCGACGAGUGCAUCUGCUGUAUCAUGAAGAGUAGACUCAUCUACAAUAUUGUUCAUAUCUGCGCUGAGGAGGACUGUGUUCGUGUUAGAGUUCUUGAAGGUUAUUAUUUAAUAUCGAAAGAAUAUUGUGUGAGUGUGGUAUUUCGCGACAUCAUCAUCCAUGGUGUCAACGGACCGUCCUAUGCGACAUCAUCCAGAUCUUUGUUGAACAAGGGAAGAAAUUUUCCUCACCUCAUUUUACUUCAAAAUUUUAGGAGACCUCCAAGAAGAAUUUGGCUUUCAAGCUAGAGUUCUCCUAGAUAGAGCGCCUUUUUCGGUCGAAGUAGAUCGAUAUCGAAGGAUAUAUUUUGAUUUUCCUAGACGUGAAAAUAUUACUAUUGCUAGUCCUAAUGUAUAUACCGCUUCCUUUUUUCUAACUUCCCUAGGUAGGUUUGCUCCACCACAAACUAUUGAAGUGAUAGAAGUACUGUUCUUAAUCACUGACUAGUAAGACAGUGUCAACUUCUGCUCAACCUGCUGCAUAUUACUUGGUAAAAAGACUUACAACGAUUUUUUGAAACCUAUACGAUAUCCAUUUUUAGACCACCUUCCUCAGUGAAAUAAACAAGAAUGGACCUGUUGCAAGAGAUGAAGCGUGCGGCUGGUCCGCGGCUGACCGUCGGCUUGCCCAUCUCCUAUAUCGAGAAGUUCCUGAUCGAAGACCACACCCUGUCUGUGGCUAUCCAGAAAGCCUACAAUAUGUGGAAGGGCCUAGAGCCUGCUGCGACCUACAAGAAGUCGGAAGGUCAAUUGAUUCAAGAGAUUCAAGUGGGAUGGUGCCACUUGUACCCAGAGGACACGCGUAACCCGUACAUUCCGCUAGCAGCAAAAGGGCCCUGGAUCGUCACCAUGCACGGUGCGGUGUUGCACGAUAACGGAGGGUAGUGAUUUUGCUACUCAUGGACUACUUGUGGAGAAUUUAAUAGAUACAUAAGUAGCAUAUGUGCCUAGUGAAGAAACCCAGUGAAGAUCGUGCCUUUUCAGAAUCAAAAUGAAUCUAGAUAUCAUACGAUGCUAACUACUUAACAAGAAAGGUGUCGUAGUCUAGUACAAGAAUCAAUCUCCCGCUUUUUUGAUGUAGCUUAACCUUCAGCAACAUGAUAUCUCGAAUUCAAAAACUUUCAGAUAUGGCAUGCUUGGUUUCGGCCACUCUCCUGAGCCGGUGAUGAAAGCAAUGUCUGAGGACAAUGUGAUGGCGAAUAUUAUGACACCAUCGAUGCCACAGAAGCAUUUCAUUGACGCACUAAAAGCAGAGAUCGGACACAAUCGGCCGGAUGGUACUAUAGCUGUUUAUUGUUUUUUGAAAACCGAGAUCGGAUACAAUCGGCGGGAUGGGAUGAUCGUUUCCAACAACAAGUUGUCCAUCCUACUUCAAGAACCAGGGGCCAGUAGUUGGAUUCAUUGAUAGAUAAUUAGAAACGUAUCAGAUAAGAUGUUUCUUUCAUCAUGGUAUGUAGUAAUAACUGGUAGUAGAGCUACCAGUUAUUAAGAGAGAGCUAGGAUGUUACCAUUAGAGCUACCAGUGGUAAGUUGAACAGCUCUACCUCCUCAAACAGGUUGCCCAUACAGUGGAUUUCUGUUGAUGAACAGUGGGAGUGAGGGUAACAGCGUAGCAGAUCGGUUGAUGGAUAUUCAUACUGGGCACGUGAUGGCCCAACCCGAAAACAAGAGCAAAAAAGUGAAAUGCCUCGCAUUGAAGGGAUGUUUCCUUAUGGACGGUUUUUCUGAUAAUUCGCACUAGUAGUUACAGUAGAAUUUGGUCUGGGGAGGUCUGGGAGGUGCCUGUACUCAUCGUCCGUUGUUUGCUGCACGUAUUCUCGCGCAUAGUCGGAGCAACCGGCCUCGGUUUUGUUCAAUGCUGCUAAACUAUCUUGAAUGCUGCUUAACUAUCUACCAAGGUACUAGAAUAUUUUUUAUGUCAUUGUUAGUAACUGUGAUAUUUAAAAAAUCCCCAGGACAUUAUUAAAAAACCCGACAGCAGUCCCAACUACAAGCACAAAGCUCUUCUAAUCUCCACGGCCGCACCUACCGUCCAGCCCUCUGGACUGACGCUUGUCACGAUCGAUACAAUAAGGCCAAUGUUUGGAGCAUCAAGCAGUCGUACGAGGAACAGUACUGCUGGAUCUGCGAGGUCAACGACGUCUCUGACUUGGAGCGCUUGUUCGCGAAGGCGAAAGAGGAACACGUUUUUCUAGAAGCGAUGUUCAUCGAGUCUGUGAUGGGCGAGGGGAAUCCAGGAGUUGCGAUCACUCCAGAAUUCUACAAGCGCGCUCGGGAGCUGACCUUGGAGCACGAUUCGAUGCUCUUGGUGGACAACAUCCAAGCAGGGAUCCGAGCCACUGGGAAUUUGUCCAUUGUAGACUAUCCCGGUUUCGAAAAAUUGCCUGGUCCGGACUUCGAAGUCUACUCAAAGGCCAUCAACGCAGGACAAUACCCAGUGUCGUGUCUAGCCAUGUCGCCGAGGGCACAGAGCUUCUACAAGCAUGGGGUUUACGGUAUUUUGCUAUUUCUGAUUUUUACGGCUAUUUCUGAUUACGUACGUCAGGUAGUGACUAUGACUUCAGAGAAUCCACCUAGCACUAGUACUUGUUCAAUUUCCAUUUUGCGUCAAGCAUACCACGUUUUGAUUCUUCUCAUUUCUACUUGUUUCAGAUAAAAAGGUUCGCAGUUUAACAAGGACGAUUAACAAAACUUGCUUUUCACGCUCACCUAUUCCACAUCCACUUCCAGGUAACACCAUGACUGGCAACCCUCGUGCUUGUGCAGUUUCUACUGCCGUCCUCAAGCUACUCACGAAGGAAAUGCGCAAGAACAUCGUGCAAAUGGGCAAGUACGCUGUUGCCAAGUACAAGGAGUUGCAGAAGGAGUUCCCGGAUUUGAUCACCAACGUUACUGGUACUGGCCUGCUCUACGCGGUCCAGUUGAACGACUCGAUUUUUCAAGUCGUUGCCGCGGAUGGUGCUGAAUAUUGGUUACGGCAACAGGGACUAGGCGUGAUCCACGGUGGUCACAAUGCGUUGCGGUUCACCCCGCGUUUCGAAAUCACUAAAGCCGAGAUCGAUAUGCAGAUCGAUAUGGUGUCAGCCUUCCUCAAGCGCAUGAACAGCGAGAAAGUGCGCAUGCUGGCUCCGCGUUUGCAGACCUUGACGCGGGAGACCACGCUGGAGGGAACGAUGCUGUCGAGCGACGAGGAAAGUUUGGCCAGUUGGACACCGUCUGACAUGAACAAGAACAACGCAGUAGUAGCAUCUACUGGACAGAUGACGGCAGCGGAUGUAGAAAAAGCAAUGGGGAUGGGACAGCAGCAGCAAGUUAUGUUCCUGGUCUCACAGGAGAAGAAAACUUUAUUUGGUUUUUAGACAUUUUCAGAUUCACAAUCGUAGCUCAUCUGCUACAUCUACAAUUAAGUACAAAGAGAAGAGCUUAAGAAGUACAUCAACUGUUCUUCUUGAUUGACAUUGAUCAUGAUCACGUCCAAGAAAAAUAUGUUCAACUCUGUAAAAAUCUUCACAACUACAUCUUCUUCUCUAAUCUUCCUCUUUCCAGGGACGAUCUAGCCAACGCAAAGCAGACCGCUUUUCAGGUCCAACUCAAGGGUCACUUGUUUGAUGAGAACAUCAUCAACCAAGUCUUAGACCACAUCGAGAAGUCGCAAGGACAGGCACGGAUGCUGUCGCUACGUCUGGGUGAAUCCAAUCGUGAGGCGUCCGAGGCACGACUGCAAGUGUUUGCGCCGAUGCCACGCAAGACCAACUUGCUUACGGAACUACGCGCCGUGCCCAACUGCGAAGUAGUUACCAACGUGCCGGUGGCGCCAUGAAGAGGUGAACUAUAGGCACUUUAUAUUUAUAAGGAUCCUCCUCGCACUCAAAAAUUAGGAGGAGGAACUAUAGGAACUAUAGGAACUAGACAUGUAAAGAGGAUCCUCCUCGCACUCAAUCUCAAAUAAUAUGGAAGUAGUACAGUUAGUACCACAAGAAGUACUUUCAAUGGUGGUUUUCACAGAGAUGGAAUAACGAGUUAUCAAGAAAUCACGACUUAUCAAUGACUUAGCCACAGGAGAAACAAAUACACUCAUCGAAUCAUAGAGAAUAAAUGAACCUCAACUUCUCCACAGAAAGAAUAAGUAUCGCUAUUGUUUUGUGAUUUCCCGUCGAAACUCUGUUAAGUCGUAAGCACUCUACUUUUUAUCGUGCUUCACCUUUGGAUGCAUAGUCUGUACAUCCAAAGGACGAUGGCGAUCAUUUAUCUACUAGUUUGAGUUUUUUUGAUUUUCCAUCUUAAAUACAAAACAGACCACCACUGGAGCAAGCGACCCUUGUUGUAAGUAGUCUGAUCUCCAUCUCAGCACGUUGUUCUUCUGACUUUUUGAAUAUGAUAAAAAAGAAAAUUACCGCAUGACUUUCCCUCAUAUCCUAGGUUUAUCCCAACACACAAACUGAAUAGCAGAUCAUCUAUUUCCAGACCUAGAAGGUCUACGAUCUGAAGUUCUCACCAUCUUCAAUUUUGUAACUUCCAAGUGUGAUGCAUGUCUUCACAACUUUCUUGGGAGGUUAAAAGGGUAUCUAUGCAAGCGUCUUGUUUGGACAGUCUUUAUUGAGCUGACGCCACCCCCAAGAAAGGUCCUUCCAUUGGGCUUAAACUCGAUAUAAUUUUAGUGUACAGAAAGCCUUGGAACAACCCGAGAGGGGCAUAGUUAUAACUUAUGUUUAGCUGAAGCACCAUAUUAUCCAUGCAUACGUAUUGAUUGACCAUAUGAAGAUAGACCACGAGGUACGCUGUACUAGGCUUCUGGCAAAAAUCUAUAGUACGUUCAUGAUGGAGAUGUUUGUCUGGUCUUGUAGUUCCUCGAGAUGCAACUUAGUUGAUAGAAAAAAGAUAUGUGUACUUAUAGGCGUUUUUCCCUGAGGAGUAUCGUCGACAUAUACUCACUUGCACAUAACAGCAUACAGUUUUAUUUAUUAUCAUCUAUCCUCUGGUAAUGUUAUCCACGAUUCUUGCAGCAGAACAUCCACAUCAUGAAACAUGGAACCGAGAACGUCACCCAAGAAAGUGCUACAGUGGUCUCAAAGUUUUGCAGUGAAAAAUGUAUGAUUGCUAUUCGUUCCUCUACCAGCACCACUACCAUUAGGGUGACGGGGGGCGAAUAUGGAGUAGUUGUACAGUUUUCAUAGAUCAAAAGAACGAACUCUUCCACCUAAU